CCGUUCCACUUCCGCGUCAACGAGACAGCCCCUACCACGGGCAAGAGGGACCCCGCUUUCCCCUCCCCGGCCCCCGUGGUCCCGCGGCGGGGCAGCCCCUGCGAGGAGGCCCCCGGUACUUCUGAGCGGCCCCUGGGCAGUUCCAGCGGGGCCCGUCCAGGGGCCUCGACCAUCGACCCCCGUGGGCGCCUGGGCAGGGGCGCUGGAGCCGUAGUGGGGGAGCUGGGAGCCCUUGAACCAACUAAACCCUGUCUAGAUGGAAACCACUUAGAGCCAGGGGGGCAGCAGCACCCCUAGUUCCAGCCCUAUUGUGCCCAGCUACCUCGGUGCACCCUGCCCGCCUCAGCCCCACACCUGUAUGUCACCUGCUGAAAGCUGCCACGGCCGGUUCAAGGGGGCCCUGGGCCAGCCCCACCCCAAGGACGGGCCCAAGAAGCCACAGCCUCUGCCCUGGGCAGAUCCGCAGCUCCCAGCAUGGGGGUCGCGGGCUGGCAGCGUGGGGCAGGGUCCACCUGGCUUUCUGCAUGCUCCAGACAAGGGAGGCACCUUUAACACUGAUGGCAGAGAGGUGCCAUAUGGGAAAAAUGUAUUCUCAUCAACGAAUGCAGGCAGCGGGGGCAGGACAAUUUUAUUGUGUGUAGGCUGAGAGCCAUUGAACCAAACGGUAACCCCUGUCUAGCAGGGAAAGCACUCCAAGCCCGGGGGUGCAGCUGCACCCCUAGUUCCUGCACCUAGGAAUGAGGGGACAUCUUUUGGCCCAGGUCGCUCAGUUUCAGUGAUGUCAAUCCAGAUAUUUCGGGGGGGGGGAAAUUCUGGUCCCCUCCCACCCAGCACAGACUCCGUUACAGUCCGCGGUCUCUCCCCCUACUCCUCCUGCAGGGACCCCAGGUCUCCUUGACUGGGGAGUCUCCCCUCUCUCAUCUACAAAGUGCAGAAGCUGGUGCCAUGAAGAGUCAAGUUAACAGCUGACUCCCCUGCGCUCCAUUGUACAGGAGCAGAGAGACCCUGUGCACCAGGCCGCACCGCCACUUGGCCCGGCUGCUCCGCCGCGUGUGCACACGGGUGGCUGGGUCACAUUUUGAUGGUGUUGCAACCAUGCAGGGGGAGCAGGCUGGCUCUGUUGGGGACACUUUGCACCCACUAAUGACUUUGCACGAAAAUUUUAACACAUUGAAUCCAAUUGAUUGGAUUUUAACAGAUUGAAUCCCCCCCACCAGUCUCUGGGGAUCCAACCCCCAUCAUCGCCCCCCCACCGCGGGGCUCUCCCCUCCCCAGCAGGUGCCACGGCGGACGGGGGGGGGGGGAGCGAGGAGACCCGGCCCCGCUAUCCCCCUGCUCUGCGCGACUGACCCUCCCCGCCCUGGGGAAGGGAUGGUUCAGUCCGGCUUCCCCCUCCCCCGUGGUACCUCCCGGAUCGCGGAUGUUGAUGGUGUCGCCUGGCAACGGGAAGAUGGAGCCGGUGGAGCCGGGCAGCGGCCCUGAAUCAGGUGUUGGACAAAUUUCAGAAGAAGAGGAGGAGGAGGAGGAGCUGCAUCCAGAAGGCAAUGGGGUGGUGCAACCAGAGAGGAGCCAUACCAGAAAGGAAGAGGCAGAUGGUGUUUCAGCAGAGGAGCCAGGAAUGGAACUCAACCCAGCAGAGCACAAUGCACCUGAAUCCCCAGAGCCUCCGACUGUAGAGGGAAUGCAGCCAGAGAACAGUGAUGACAAGGAAGAGGGACAGGUUGUGCCUACAGAGGACCCAGGAGAGAGACUCAUCCCAAAAGAGCAAGAGGUCUCAGGGGCCAUGGAGCAGGAGAUCUUGGGAGCCACAGAGCAGGAGGUCGUGGGGGCCAUGGAGCAGGAGGUCUCAGGAGCCACAGAGCAGGAGGUCGCGGGGGCCACAGAGCAGGAGGUCUCAGGAGCCAUGGAGCAGGAGGUCUCGGGAGCCACGGAGAAGGAGGUUGCGGGGGCCACGGAGCAGGAGGUCUCAGGAGCCACAGAGCAAGAGGUCUCGGGGGCCAUGGAGCAGGAGGUUGCAGGGGCCAUGGAGCAGGUGGUCUCUGAGGUCAUCUUUGGAGAGGAAAAAGCCGAAGAGGUUUCCUCAGACCAAGUGGAAGUGGAUAAUCUUCCUCCCAAACUGCCUGACAUGGAGCAGCCAGUGAGAGACAGCUGGACCAGAUCCCGCACGUCCUCAGGAGCUAGCACCCAGAGGUCUGCAUUAUCAGUGCACACGGAGAUUCAUGCUGAGUCAGGUGACAUUGGGGUAGCCAUCUCCUCUCCGUAUUCAGACGCUGCGUUUCAGCAGUUUAACCAGCACCUCAGCAGGCUUGGCAGUGAGGAAGAGAAUGAAAGUCUACAUUAUGCAGAUGAGCAAGCUGAAAUAGAGGGCAGUGAGGAAUCGGAGGAGGAAACACAGCUGAUUGUCUUGGACCCGGAACAUCCCCUGAUGAGAAGAUUCCAAGCUGCCUUAAAGAAUUACCUUAGUAAACAGAUGGAAAAAGUGACCAUGGAGCUUCGGGAGCUGACAGUGGCCACAAAGCAGGGUAAGGUGCAGAGGGAGGAUCUGGGAAUAGUCCUUUAUGGGGUCCAGCAGCAGCUGGCCCGGCUGCAGAUGGAACUGGAGAAGAACCAGGACCGAUAUUCUCAGAUAGCCAUGGUGCGUCGGCAGCUAGAGGAGGAGCUGCAGGACAUCAGAAAUUUGUACAAGAAAACAUGUCAGAGCACUGAGGAUGAACGCAAGAAAGUUUCUGUAAUGCAGACCGAGGUGGAAAACCUGGCCUUGCGUCUGUUCUAUAUGCAGAACAUGGACCAGGAUGUGCGUGACGACAUCUCUGUGAUGAAACGGGCAGUGAAGAAGGCUGAGGCAGAUAGGAACCAGGCUGAGGUGGAGAAGAAAAAACAGGAUCUGCUUGUAGACCGCUUAACAAGGAAGUUCAAUGAACUGCAGGAGCAGAUUGGUCUGUAUGAAGCUCAAUUUAUUGCCCAGGCUGAAGACACAAAAAUAACCCGAAAAGCAGUGAGUGAGGCUUGUAUGGAGAUACAAACUAUUAACAUGGAGAAGAAGCAACUGAUGCAUCAGUGGGAUAGCAGUUUGACUGGGAUGAAGCGACGAGAUGAAGCCUACUCUGCCAUGCAGGAGGCACUAAGGCAGUCCAAGCACCAGCUCAAGUCCUUAGAGACAGAGAUCCAAGUCUACAAGAAGUCAGUCACGAAGGAGGAAGAGCGGAACGAGCUGCUUGCCAGCAUCUUGAACCGCUCGGAGAAUGAUGCCAACAUGAGCAAGAAGCUGAUUGCCCAGUGCACGGCCAAACAGGAUGCCCUGAAAGUUGAAUACAGCACAUACACCCGCACGCUACAUGAGACAGAGCAAGCCCUCAGCAGGGCCAACUCGGACCGAGCUGCUCGGAUGAAUGAGCUGCAGGCCAUCAGUAAGGAAAUAGAGAAAGAGACUGAAGCCAGGCAGGAGUUGGAGAAUCAGAUCAUGGCAAAGCUGCAGGAUCAGCUGAUGUCCAGCAAAGCGGCAAAAUAUUUUUCCCAGCUGGCUGCUAAACUUCAUAAGAGAAAGCUGGAUCUGGAGCUGCAUUUUUCCAAAGUUGAGAAUGACACAGCCCAGGUCAUUCUGGACACAACUCACACCAACUGCAGGCUCUCCAUGCUCCAAAAGACAUUCUCUGAGCUGGACAAGGAAAUGAAAAAUAUCAAUGACCUGAUCAACCGCAGUGAGAAUGAGAUCGCCAAGCGCAAUCUCCUGAUCGAGCGCAAGCAGGGGGUCGUCAACCUGUUCAACAAGAAAAUGGAGAUGAUGAUUUCCCAGUUGGGGGGCCAAGAACUGGGACCCUUGGAAGUUGAGAUCAACACGCUGACCAAGCAAAUAGAUGAAUACAACUCAGAGGUGAUGACACUGCAGAAGUACUGGCUCAGGCUGCAGAAAGAGCUGGUCAAACUGACCCAGGAGCGGGAAGAGCAGCUGGCCUCCCUGGAUAUGUUGAAGAAACAGAUCACCAUCAUGCAACAGAAGAAAGUGCGCACGGAAAAUGAAAUCCAGCAGGAGAAGAACGAGCAGAAAGACAUUGAACGCCACAUGAGGAACAUGGCCAAUGACUUGAUGAAACUCAACAUGUUAAUCAACAAGAACAGCCACAACUCAGAGGAGCUGCAGCAUGGCAACACCAUCAUGGAGAAUGAGUUUGUCCGCUCGCUCAAGGCAGCCGAGAGAGAGUCGAUUGAGAUGCAGGAGAAGCUGGACCGACUGCAGGAGGAGAAAGAGAGACUCCUAAACAGCCUGGUGGAAGCAGAGCAUCAGAUCAUGCUAUGGGAGAAGAAGAUCCAGCUGGCCAAGGAGAUGCGUGCUGCAGUGGACUCAGAGGCAGGGCAAGGCGAGAUCCGAGCCAUGAGGACAGAGAUCCAUAGGAUGCAGGUCCGCUACAGCCAGCUGACAAAGCAGCAGGAGAAGAUGAUUCAAGACAUGGAGGCCGCUGUCUCCCGCAGAGAGACCAUCAUGAUUCGGGGGGAGGGCCAGAGCAAAAUGGAUAAGAAACAUUUCACCAAGAGCGACUUCCACCACAAGACACAGGAGCUGCGGAAGAAGAUCAAGGAAACCCAAAAGAAUGCUCAAGACUGCAACAGAAGCAUCACAGAGCUGGAGAACACCCAGAAAUCUCUCAGCAUCAGCCUUCUGGAAAAGCAGCAGCAGAUCUCCAGUUUGCAGGCUGAGACUGAUGUCCUUGAUGCAGACAUAGAGCGGCUUCAGGACAAAAAACGUUGGAACCUUUCAGAAAUUGUGGCCUAUCAGACUCGUCAGAAGCACCUGCAGGCAGUGAAGGACGGGAAGUACACCCCACUCUGCCGCACCCAGCAAGCCCUGCAGAAGGAGCAGCGGAAACAGCAGGACCGGCUGCACACCGUUAAUGUCAUCAUCCAUCAGAUUCAGCAGGAGUACCCUCAGUACCAGAGGGUGCUGUGCUGCCUCAGCCAAGCCCUGGACUCCAGGCUUGGGUCACAGGAAGCAGAAUAGGCAGAAGCACAGAGCCAGAUCUAAUACAGUAUCUUUUGACAAAUAUUUUCACAAAUAAAUACAGUAUAAGCUUUUA